AUGGGCUAUCUGCUUGCAAACACUAGGCCAGGUAAAACCUCUGUUUUAAUGGAUAUGGUUAAGUUAUUAAUGGCAUCUUCCGUUACUCUGAUAAAACAUUCUUUACUGGUGAAAUAUUGGCAGCAGGCAAAAGAUAAUUUAAUGAAUCGUCCAUUAGCAAAUGGUUGGGGAGAAAAGCAUAGCCUUUUUGUUAAGUGGAAGUAUGUUGAAUCUAAGGCUUUGAUUCUUGAUGAAGGGAACACAGAGAAAUCACAUGGCAUGGCAGUUGCUGCUUUACAAGCUGCAGAUGAAUGUUUCAAAGAAAGUAAGAAAGCAUCCGAAAGUCAGAUAAACCGUGAUCUAUAUACUCUUAUGAAAAACGGUGGAGGUGUAACGGAUGCAACAAAAAAUGAGCUCUUAAGAGCAACAACACAUAUCAGAUUUGAGGAAAUCAAGAAGGACUUAACCACAGCGAUUAGCUAA